UAGAUUGGGAUAUUGUGGCGUUAGAUCAGCACCUGACCCCGCCCAAGCUAGGGUUCUUCCCGGACGGCUUCCCGCCCUUCCGCUCCUAUCCACUGUUAUCACGGUAUCCGCCGACCCGAUAUCUCCCUCUCUCUCCCUCUCUCUCCCCACAAACAGUCGCCAUGGCCUCUUUCUCCCCUCUCUACCAGCCCCGCUCGGCAGUCCGCAUCAACUUCUCCUCUCUCCGGCGAUGCCGCUGCCACCCUCUCUAUUCCCUCCUCCCCACCUCCGCCUUCUCCAACCCUUAUCAUCGCCCCCCCAUCUCCCCGCCCCCGCCACCCACCCCCAGAUCUUCUCUCAAUCCCCUCUUCCUUCGCUGCUUGUCUCCCGUGUCCAGCAUCGCUUCUGUUCCCAGCCCCAACCCUUCUCCAAGUCUCUUCCGCCGCUUUGCCCGGUGUGCGGCCACCGCCGUGGCCUCCGAAGCCCCGCAAGAUCCAGUGUCAACUUCUGAGAACAAUGAUAAAGGACGUAUUUACCAUGAGACAUAUGGAUGUCAAAUGAAUGUUAAUGACAUGGAGAUAGUACUGUCUAUCAUGAAAAAUGCAGGGUAUGUAGAAGUUGUGAAGGAGCCUGAGAAUGCAGAGGUCAUAUUUAUUAACACCUGUGCCAUCCGAGACAAUGCUGAGCAAAAGGUCUGGCAGAGACUAAACUACUUCUGGUUUCUGAAAAGGGAAUGGAAGACUAAUGUUUCUGUUGGAAGAUCACAGUCUCUGCGUCCGCCAAAGAUUGUUGUUCUGGGAUGCAUGGCUGAGAGGUUGAAGGAUAAAAUACUUGAUGCAGAUAAAAUGGUAGAUGUAGUCUGUGGACCAGAUGCUUAUAGGGACUUGCCUCGCUUACUAGAAGAGGUUGACUAUGGGCAAAAAGGAAUCAAUACGCUUCUCUCCCUUGAAGAAACUUAUGCUGAUAUCAGUCCAGUAAGAAUUCCAAGCAAUUCAGUGACUGCAUUUGUCUCAAUAAUGAGGGGAUGCAAUAAUAUGUGUUCAUUUUGCAUUGUUCCAUUCACUAGAGGCAGAGAGAGAUCUCGUCCGGUGUCUUCAAUUGUUAGAGAAGUUGGUGAACUAUGGAAAGAGGGUGUAAAAGAAGUAACUCUCCUUGGUCAAAAUGUGAACAGUUAUAAUGAUACUUCAGAAGCCAAAGAACCAGGAUCAAAUUGGAGACUUAGUGAAGGAUUUUCCAGUGUGUGCAAAGUGAAGAAUAUGGGAUUGCGGUUUUCUGAUCUCUUGAAUCGACUAUCCUUGGAAUUUCCGGAGAUGCGCUUCAGAUUUACAUCACCACAUCCAAAGGAUUUUCCAGAUGAUUUAUUGUUCUUAAUGCGGGAUAGGUAUAAUAUCUGCAAAAAUAUUCAUUUGCCAGCUCAAACAGGGAGUACCUCAGUGCUUGAAAGAAUGCGUCGAGGUUAUACCCGGGAGGCUUACAUGGACCUUGUGCGCAAAAUACGAGACAUCGUUCCAGAUGUAGGAUUAAGUAGUGAUUUUAUAUGUGGCUUUUGUGGAGAAACAGAGGAGGAACAUGCUGAUACCCUGAGUCUUGUAAGGGCUGUUGGAUAUGAUAUGGCAUACAUGUUUGCAUAUAGCAUGAGGGAAAGAACUCAUGCCCACAGAAAUUACAUAGAUGAUGUUCCUGACAGUGUCAAACAGAGGAGGCUGACUGAACUGAUUGAUGCCUUCCGUGAAAGCACCGGGCAGUUCUAUGAUUCUCAGGUGGGAACUGUUCAACUUGUUUUAGUUGAGGGACCCAAUAAGAGGGCUCCUGAGACAGAACUGAUUGGAAGGAGCGAUAGAGGUCACAAAGUCUCCUUUCUUAAUGUUCCUCUCCUGCACACAGUUGAGGCUGAUGGAAUGCGAAACCCAGAGGCUGGAGAUUAUGUGGAAGUCCGCAUUUUGAAAUCAACGAGGGCAUCUUUGUCUGGAGAGGUGCUUGCACGCACAAGCUUGAGCAUGUUUUAUGAAAAAACUUUCGUGUCUUCUGGUGCAACUGCAAGGUAACUGAUGAGAUGGUGAUCCAUAUUUUUGAGAUGGUCGAUCCUGUCAAAUGGUGCUACUUCUUGCUGUCUAUAUGGAGAAGGGGACCGCAAGUCUGUUUACGGAGGAUGUGAAUCUAGUAGUUUGAGUAGUCCAUUUUCAAACUCUUCCAAAGAUUUAGAGGCACGAUAUAAUCUCCUGAGGAAUGAUAGUGUUUGCAAUCUAGCAUCCUGGGGCUACUGUACUGCCAUAUGAUACAGAGCUUGUACGUUCUUCUGCCAGGACAUUUCGAGUUCAAUUGAUGAGAGCACAAAAAUGUGAUCUACAUACCACUUAAAUUAGUUUUAUUGUUAACAGAUGAUGAUAAUAUCGUCGAGUUAAAUUGUAUUUUGUGUUUCGCAUAGUCUUA